GAUGAUAAAGUUUUGCCGGACGGGAAGGGUUCCUUAUCAUGUCAUUUAGUCAAUUGCACACCGCCGCCCAAGCAAAACAGCUAGAAAUACGAACGAUCCAGUUGUUCAGCAAGCUCAGUCUGAAACGAAACACGAACGGCGACAGGUGUCAAAAUCAUCCCACCCACCACCGGCAUUUGACACAGGUGGACAUUGAUAGCGAGACAAUGUUCCAUUCUACCAGAGUUGCCCCCUUGGUGGUGGCGAUACUGGUUACCAUCGGUACCACGACCGUUUGCGGAAACGAUGCGAAUUUCCUCUUCACAGCCAACCGCCUACCCGCCAAAGCCGUCACUCCUACCCUAGCCAACGGAAACAUUGCUUUUGUAGUCUACGGCGAUGCCGUACACAUGAACGGAGUCUACAACGGUCAGCAAGGCCUGAGUCAUCGAGCCCGUAUUCCCAACUAUGCAAACCUCCAGAUGCCCUACUGUUCAAGCAGCCUUGCCGAGCCGACCGGGUGCUCUUACCAAUUGGACAUGAAGAAUAAUAUGUUCCGUACUGUGUACGAAGACCCAUUGGGAAGCUUCCGUAUCGUGCAUGAUGUUUAUCCCAAUCGGUACUAUGACAAGGCGAUCGUCAACAAGGUGCGCAUUCAGCGACUGAACUCCCAGAGCCUCAUCACCGUGAAUCUUGAUCGACGUGAAGGGCUUCCCAGUGUGGACAUCACUUUCGGUCUGCCGCAGGUGGUGUUAGUGAAUGAUGUAACCUAUGAUCGAGUGUGUGGUAAAACUAACGUGGUGGAAGACAGCCGUUACCAACAAUACGGGCAUGAUGUCUGUGUGUACUAUCCUGCUCUUCGACAAAUGCAGCUGACCAUAGACAAAACCGCAGAAGAGUUCUACUUCUUCACUGUGUUUGCGCACUCGACAAUUGAGGCGGAAACCGAACUUCGUUCUAUGAUGCCAUCCAGUGUUGAAUCGUUCCACUUCCGUGAAAUGGAACGUGUGUGGGAACGAUAUGGAAUCACGGUAGAAGGAAAUGAUAACCUUGAUCGAGUGCUAAGAGCAAGUUCGUUCUACCUGUCCAGUUCACUACCGUCCACUUAUACCAACCAGAUUAGCAGCUAUCCGUUCUAUGGUCUUUCACCUUCCGGUUUGGGGCGUGGCGGAGAAGAGCUGAUGGAGUACCAAGGCCACAGCUUCUGGGAUACAGAAAUAUGGAUGUACCCACCGAUCUUGCUGAUGGAUCCUCAGAACGCUCGAAAACUGCUGCGUUACCGAACCGUAGUUCACCAAGCGGCCGUAGAUAUUGCCAAGAAAAACGAAUAUGACGGUUGGCAAUUCCCAUGGGAAUCAGCUUUCACAGGUACGGAAACAACUCCAGAAUGCUGUCCGGAAGUCGUAGAGUACCAACACCACAUUACAGCUGACAUAGCUUUCGCCGCUAGACAGUACUUCUAUGCAACCGAAGACGUGGAAUGGAUGCGCACGGAAGGUUGCCGGCUGGCGUACGAAACCGCCAAGUUCUGGAGAAGUCGUGUCGAAUACAACAACGUUACUGACCUCUACGACAUCCAUCGUAUCAUGGGUCCUGAUGAAGAUCACCACAACGUCAGCAAUAACCCAUUCACCAAUGUGGUGGCCGCUCAUAACCUCAUGUUUGGAGAGUUCGCCGGUUGUCUAUGUGAAGGGAUUGUAGGAGCUACCAGAGAAGAGCGUGCUCAAUUCACUGAAGUUGGCAAAGGAAUGACGCUGCUACAUGACAAAGAGAAGGACUUCUUCCCGCAAUUCGAAGGUUACCAGCAAGGAACCUUGAUCAAACAGGCUGAUGUUGUUCUCCUCGGUUAUCCUCUAGAAUUCCAAAUGGACAAUUCAACGAAAGCCAACAACUUGGCGAUUUACAGCCAGGUAACUCGCUCUAAUGGCCCCGCCAUGACGUGGGCUAUGCAUACCAUUGGCCAUCUCGAGCUAGGACAGAUGCAGGAAGCAGAGCAAAUGUUCACCAAGAGCUACCAACAGUACAUGCGAGCUCCGUACAACGUUUGGAGCGAGAACGGAGACGGAACCGAUGGUGCCGGUAAUUUCAUAACAGGAGCCGGUGGUUUCCUGCAGUCCGUCAUCAACGGCUACGCUGGUGUUCGCCUACGCAAUGGGGAAAUGGUUAUCACGAAGCCAUUACUGCUGCCCGGAACUAGCCGACUCUACAUUCCUGAAAUUAACUACUUGGGAAUUAAAUUCUAUUUGGACAUCAAAACCACUGACAUUACGUUUGGUCUAAAGCACCAAUUAAAUACAAAUCUUGCUAAAAUAACCGUUGACGGCGUGGAGCUCAGCGCUUGCGACUCUUGCUUUGUUACGUUCAAGGACCAAGUCGUAAUCCGCCCGAACAGAGCGUCCGACUUCAACGGCUGCCAGCUGAAGGACACCAAAAUCGGUAUUAAGGUCGCCGAUCAGAAUGCCGCUCACAUGACACGCCUUGCUCCGGCUUUGUUUGCAAGUGUUCUAGCGAUUCUGGCACUGCAAAAGCUGCUUUAAAAUAAGGUUAAAAAUUUAAAAAAAGUCAAUACCAUGGCAGUUAGCUAGCCUCGAAAUGAUGCCAUAAGCAUAGCUUUAAAAACAAUACGAAAAUAAAGUUCUUCGUCAUCUACUUAAACAUCGAUUUUACACAAAUAUGCAUAUCAAUCAAGAUAUUACCGCACAGUACUUCCCGCCGACGGUUAUGUGAGCUCCAAAGCUUGAUUGAUUUGAUACAGCGAAAAUAAUGGAUUUUAUCAGUAACAUGGAGUAAACAAUACCGAGCAAGAAUGGUAAACAAUUUA